AAAUUAAAAAAAGAACCUACGUUACUACAUUGAUGGAGCUUCGGAAUUUCCUUUAACCGUUGGGGUCAAGCUUCGACUUUCAAGUUCUAAGCUCGGAAACGGGACUGAACAGUUGAAUCCUGGAUGCUUAUCGUCCUUCCCAAGCUGCAGAAUCCUUCUUCCGUCCUUCCUAAGCUGCAGAAUCCUUCUUCUUUCCCUUUCUGUCGCUUUCCUUCCCUUUCCUUCAUUCUUUCCUACCUUUUCCUCCUUUUUUCCGUGCUUGCAAAGGAAACUCGAAAUUGUAAGGCGAAAUCGGAAGAGAGGGAAAGAGAUAAGUGACUAAAGGAGGAGGAGGAGGAGGAGGAGGAGGAAGAGCAUGGGAGAUCUCAUAAUAUGGUUGAUUUCCUUCUUCUUGCUUAUUUCGCUACUCGUCAUCGUCGUUUACCAGCUUAUGUGCUUGGCAGAUCUAGAGUUUGAUUAUAUCAACCCAUAUGACUCGUCAUCUAGAAUAAACAAGGUGGUUUUGCCAGAAUUCAUAGUAGAAGGAGUUCUCUGUUUCUUCUAUCUUAUAACAGGACACUGGUUCAUGUCACUAUUAUGUGUGCCAUACCUGUACUACAAUGUGAGACUCUACACAUCAAGACAGCACUUGGUAGAUGUGACAGAGAUAUUCAAUUUGCUCAAUCGGGAAAAGAAGAAACGGCUUUUCAAACUUGCUUAUAUUAUUAUCCUUCUAUUUAUUUCCAUAUUCUGGAUGAUUUAUUGUGCCUUAUCAGAAGAAGACGAAUGAGUAUGUUGUUGCAUGAUUGAUGGCUCGUCAAGGAGCAUUUAGUGCCAAACUGAUCAGCUCGUCACGCUACGUUGCUGCAUUAUUCUAUGUGGCAUCUGCCGUGACUGAUAGUUUAUUUACACGGUUGUAUGAUUACGGAUUUCCUGUUAAUCAAUUGAAGCAAAAACAAGCUUUUGUAUCUUCGUAGAGCUUAUCGAGGAUCAAAUGCUGUUAUGUGGCAUUGUCAUUCUUGAUCAUUUUUCUUGCCUUGGAACUUUGAGGUGAUGGGAAUGUAAUCACAGCAUUUUUUUUUAUCUAAAGUGCCACUAGUUUUGCCAUUUGAUUAGAAACAAGGGUAAAGCAUAUAAGAGGUUGCUCCAGACUA